AUGGCAUUACCUCUACCACCUGGCCUAACGCCAGCAGAGGUGGCCUUCCUCUGCGAAAUGGAAAUGGUCACAGUAGUCCCGCGUCAAAGACUCGAGAGUCUCGCUUUAAUUGGAGGCCCAACACAACCUCUCCGCCCACCCCAUCGGGCCCCAUUACCACUCUGGCUUGCCCUCCUCUUAAAGCGCCAACGGCGAGCCAACAUCCUCCCACCCCCCUGGCUUCUCCCCUCUUCACUUGAACGAAUCCUCAAGCAGGAAACCGAAAUCGAUCCCCAAGGAUUCUCGUCUCCUCCUCCGCAUCCAUAUCCCAUACGGGCGGUCCCCUCACAUACAGACACCAUCUCCCCUCCCUUCCUGCCCUCCUCCACUGCUGACGCGCCCCCCGAUUACCUACCCUAUCACUGGCUCGAGCUCGGCGAGAUCUUGUUGGAGGCCUGUAGUGAUGAUCUGCAGGAGCCGGGACGGGUGCGUACGUUGUUGAGAGAUUUGCGGGAGGUCAGGAUGGCGAAAAUGCGGGGGAGUACGAAAGACCUUCAAGGAGGGGGUGUGAGUAGUCUAAACGGAGUGGGAGCCAUGGAGGUUAGUGAAGGCAGGGCUUUUAUCGUUGGCGUUAUGGAUGGCCUAAGGAAGCUGGGCAGCAGUAGGGAGACGGCGAGGCGAGAGAGGGAGGAGGAUGAGGGUGCUGGCGGCGGCGGCGUAAGUGAUGAGGAUGAAGAGAUGGGGUUUGAAUAA